GUUUGAAACUGCAGGAAAAUGUGCACCGGCGUCGCUAGCGUCAGGGCCGCCCAUGGCUUUCCCAGGAUUUUGUUAAUAAAAAUUUCUUAAAAUUUGUCCGAAAAUGCCGCACCCCACUAAAAAGAAAAAAACCUUCGCCCCGAGUGGACCGCGCCGUCCGCAUCACCCUUCCUGCGCCAUUGACUACAACAUGGUGGCUGACAUCCGACAACCUCCUGCGUGGAGUAGCCUACCCGCCGCUGUUAUACGGAAAAUCUACCAGAACUUGACGGACGUGGACAGGGCAUCGAUGACUAGGGUAAUGGCGAUCAAGGGGGUCGGGAGGGUGGGGGGAGGGGGUGGAGGUCUAUUAGUGUAGUGGUCGGGGUGGGAGAUGUGAGCUAUUUGUGUGCUCGUUACAACGAAAGAAGCGAUGCGGUCCCCAUUGCUGGUACCGGCGGAGAGAUAGACGUGGCUAAAUGAGUGGAUGGGUUGAUAAACGACUUAGCAGGUGGAUGGAGGGAUGGAAGGGUGGGCGAGUGGAUCAAGUGUCGGUGGAUGAGUGGAUGCAAAAGAGAUUCCAUGUCUGAGUUAUUUGAUGGAUGGAAAAAUGUGUGAAUAUGUGGAUAAAUCUUUGUUUUGACUUGUGAGGAAGGAUAUUCCUUUCCUAAGUUAAGCCACCAGACACUGUAGAUAAGUUCCACCACUGAAGAUCAUUCUAGCAUGGCUACGUCUACGGGGCUACACGUGUAACGCUUAUUUUCCUUGAUCAGGUUUGUCAGUCUUGGCAUGAAGGCUUCUGUGACCCUGUCCUCUGGAGGUCAAGGGUUAUUGACUUCGGCGGAUGCAAAUACCACGAAAAAUUUAAACUUGAGGUUGUAAUGAAGGGUCAUCCAGGACAAGGACUUACAUUCACAACCGGUAUAGUAAUAUAUCAUAUACGUACUGGGCGCUAGAGUAGCAUAUCUUAUACAUACUGGGUCAACUAGAGUAACAUAUCUCCCAUACAAACUGGGUCAACUAGAGUAGCUAAUCUUACACAACUGGUUGCACUUGAGUAACAUAUCGUAUAUGUACUGGGUCAACUAGAUUAGCAUAUAUUAAACAUACAGGGUCAACUACAGUAACAUAUCUUGUACAUACUUGAUCAACUAGAAUAACGUAUCUCAGACAUAGGCGGUCAAAUAGAGCAACAUAUACAUAUUGGGUCAACUAGCAACACUGGCGCCCAUACUUUUACUUUGUGUUUACAGUAUUAAUUGGAAGAAAAUCCUUGUCUCUCGAAAACUUACUUUUUAAAAAUUUUAGUGCAACUUAACGAAAGCGGACUUUUUUUAAAGGACGAAACGUAUUUUAUACUUUAAAGUAUAAUAAAAAAAAGACUUUAAAGUAAAAAUUAAGUCUUUUUUAUUAUAACUUAUUUGUCAUCACUUAUCGUAAUGUCAUCAAGGGUAAGUAAGUUAUGGACUGGUCGUAUUGUCAUCAAGGGUAAGUAAGUUAUGGACUGGUCGUAUUGUCAUCAAGGGUAAGUAAGCUAUGGCCUGGUCGUAGUGUCAUUGUCAUCAAGGGUAAGUAAGUUAUGGACUGGUCGUAUUGUCACCAGCGGUAAGUAAGUUAAGGACUGGUCGUAUUGUCAUUGUCAACAGGGGUAAGUAAGUUAUGGACUGGUCGUACUGUCAUUGUCAACAGGGGUAAGUAAGUUAUGGACUGGUCGUAUUGUCAUUGUCAACAGGGGUAAGUAAGUUAUGGACUGGUCGUAUUGUCAUCAACGGUAAUUAAGUUAGGGACUGUUCGUAUUGUCAUCAAGGGUAACUAAGUUAUGGUCUGGUCGUAUUGUCAUCAACGGUAAGUAAGUUAGGGACUGGUCGUAUUGUCAUCAAGGGUACGUAAGUUAUGGUCUGGUCGUAUUGUAUUGGGGGGGGGGGGGGGGGGUGAGUGUAAAAAGUUUCCGUUCAAAUGGAGAUCAAUAACAGAAAGGGUGUCAACAUUGUGAGGCAAGGUUUGACCCGCACAUGUCAAUCGAGGCCCACUGAAGGUCUUUAAUCGAGGCCCACUGAAGGUCUUUAAUCGAGACCCACUGAAGGUCUUUGCUGAUCUACUGAUCUCGUAGGAUCGUAUUUCCACCGGGAUCGAGUACGGGACAGGUCAAAAACUGUGUUACGAUAUGUACACAGACAAACACAUAGAAACACAAACAGACAGACAAAGCCACAAAGAAGCAGACACAUUUUCAAGCUAUGUAAACGAAGAUAUAAUGUGGCUGCAAUAGCUGACAUGUGCAGAUGUUGAGACUGAAGAUCAUUCAUACGUUGCACACAGUUCUUUGGUAGCUGCAUGUUCUCGUCUAGCGUUACUUCUCUUCUAUACCCCCCAUACCUUAAUCCACGAUAUGUAUUUACCCCCCCCCACCCAAACGUGUCAUAGGCGUAUGAAGUUUGUUACAUAUUUACAAGUUUGAUUUUGUGUUCCUCAUCAGGACAGAAUGCAGUACUCUUCGCCCGACAAUUCUCACGGUGUCUGAAGAAUGUGGACAUCCUCUUCCACAAAAUGUCCCCUUAUUCCGCCCGGAGAAUUCUCAGGGACUUCCUGCCGUUCUCAUCCAGUCUAGGUGAUCACUCACGACUCACCUCGUUGUGCUUCUAUAACCUCAAACUCAAGAGGCUCAACGGGCCGAGGCGCAAAAAGUUUUUAAACGCAUUUUUAACGUUGACAAGAGGUCAGACUUUAAAGGUAAACCAAAAUUAUCUUAAAUCUGAUUUUUUUUUUUUUUAAACUUGCUGAUAAGACAGGGACACAUGGAAGCCCCUGGGGCAAGUGUUGAGCCUUAAAAGAAUCGGAAGCGGAUCUUUCAUUUAAGCACAUCCGGAAAGAGAUGGGAUAGUGGGGGACAACGUCCGGACAAGGGUGAUCGGUGUUAUGAAUUUUGCGGACAUCGACUGCUUAGCUUUAUUUGUUUCAUACUGCUUGAGGACCACUGCGUUUAUUCCUUGGUGACUAAUUUAUUUGGGGAAAUAUUUAUAAUCUCAACUCGUCUAUAUUAGAGAAAAAACAACCUUAAAGAGGUAGAUUACUGAACAUAUUUGGUUGCUAUUUAUAAACUCGUGUGAACAAGGCUAGGUUGUUGUUUUUUCUCACUUUUUCACUUCAUUCAAGUUAUUUAUAUUACGGGCCACCACAUAUUUUACGUACGCGAAAGAUAAUCAAAUUUAAGACCCCCCUUCCUUAACGCUAGAACCCACUUCUUGCAUGCGCACCUUUAAUCAGCUCUAAUCCACCUCCCACCCCUUGUGCGGGUCUCGGUGUGGGGGUCGUCAGCCCAUGCGCACAAGGGGGUGGGGAAGGCUGGAAAGUAUGUGCAUUUUAUGCGGAAUACCUUUAUGAUCAACCACAUAAGGCCUUUCACGUUUAGUAAAGGACUAUUUUUUUCUCGUUUUUUUUUUUUUAAAAUUCUGACUGAGCUCUAAUCUCAAUGUACAAUGGCUAUAUUUAAAAAAAAAAAAAUUAAAGCAUUAUAUUUUAUUAUAGUUUAUAAGUUAACUAAUGCUUUUCAUAUGUAAGUCUGCAUGUUUAAUUAAUUAUAAGGCAAUUUUUGUUUGAAAUAUUUUUUUUUAAUUAAAAUGUUCUGUUUUAGGCACACAUUGUAUCUGGUUCUCAAAAUUUCUGAACUUUUAACCCAUUUCUUUUCAUUUUCCCGAAAAUCUUCCUUUUUUUUUUUUUUUUCAAAAAAGAAAUUUGGCAUAGACGCCACAUACUUUGACCUCGAGAGUGGUCUACAAUUACUGCAAUGUCUUGCUGAGACCUCGGGAGCUACCAUUGAAAUUCUAUUUCUCAAGCGAUACUUUCACUACCCCAUCGAUCAGGAGCCGAGAGUGGUCACAGAAAUGCAGGUUGUGUUUCAACUCACUCUAAUUUUGCUAUUCACAUCGGCCCUUGGUUUAAUUGUAUCUCAUUCACAGACCACAAGAAGACACGUAUCUGAUUUCAUAACGGCUGUUUGAGAUACGUGGAUCUUAUUUCUGUCAUAGAGACAAACUAUUUUUAUCUUUAAAUGUGGUCGUUUUUUUAAUGUAUCGUUUGUCUUUGUGUGUGUGUGUGUGUGUUAUUUUCUUUGUGUUUUUUUUAAAUAAUAGAAAAAUUAUAAAUGUAGAUUUAAAAAAAAAAAUUCUUAUCAAGCCGGAUGCUUCUUAAAGUUUUAAGUGUAUUGACCUGGCAAAACGUUCCCUGCUUGUAGCACGGGCUGUUGGCCAUUAUAUUGAUAUUGUUAUGAUUUGUAUUCACCGUCUAAGUUCUUGAGUUCUUGAGUUCUUGAGUUCUUGAGUUCUUGAGUUCUUGAGUUCUUGUGUUCUUGAGUUCUUGAGUUCUUGUGUUCUUGAGUUCUUGAGUUCUUGAGUUCUUGAGUUCUUGAGUUCUUGAGUUCUUGAGUUCUUGAGUUCUUGAGUUCUUGAGUUCUUGAGUUCUUGAGUUCUUGAGUUCUUGAGUUCUUGUGACUAGUAAACGGAUUUUGUUUUUAACAAUUUCUUUUUUUUUUUUUGUUUUUACAUUCUUAGAAAUUCACAAGGCUUUUUCGUAUCCACGUUCAGUACUGCAUUCUGUCUGAAGUUUUCCUUCAUUAAGCUUUGGGUCAAAAGAUAUGUUCCACAAAGUAAGUUUUUUUUUUCCCUUUCUUAAAAAAAAAAAAAAGUUAUUAUUGAAUUUUUUUUGUAAAACUUAACCUUGUGUGUAUGAAGGUGUACUGUCGUUUAAUAUGUUUGGUUUCUAUAUAAAUGUGGACGAGCCCCCAAGAUUUUUGUGUUUUGAUGAUGGCGGUGUCAUAUGGACCGUGGUGUUGCUUUCUUAUUUAUCUAAGAUUUAGGAGAUUCCAAGUUAGUGCAUUUCUUAGAGAUGUCAUUUAAAAAAAAAUUUCAAUAAGAAGAUCCCGUGACAUUUAAAUGGUUUUACUUUUCCAGCAUAGAUGCGUGCCUAUUUCUUGGUGCAUGGUGGAUGCACCAACGCCCCUUUUUGUUUGUAUGAUGGCUAUACCAAAGCCCCUUUUGUUGUACGAUGGCUAUACCCAAGUCCUUUUGUUGUACGAUGACUGUACCAAAGUCCUUUUGUUGUACGGUGGUUGUACCAACGCCUUUUGUUGUAUGAUAGCUAUACCAACGCACUUUUUGCUGUACGAUGGUUAUACCAAAGCCCCUUUUGUUGUAUGAUGGCUAUACCAACGCUCUUUUUGUUGUACGACGGCUAUACCAAAGUCCUUUUGUUGUACGCUGGUUAUACCAACGCCCUUUUGCUGUAUGAAGUCUUUGCCGACGUAUUCAAGCGAAGUUAUUAUUUAAUCAACUUUAUUAUCAUUGUCGCAUUGUAACAUCGAUCACACCAAAAAUAUAAUUGUUCAAAUUUACACUUUACCAACACGACCAUUGUUACACUAUUUGACUCUGUCAGUCAUAUGCUGUGAGGCGUGGCGGGCUCUUGUGACCACACAUCCGAACCUGAUGGUUGAAAUCCACGCGCAGAAGCUUCAGAACACGAGCCAGAUGCUGCCCCUUCUGUCCCCUGUUCUGCCCGUGUGCACUUUAAAAUGGGAGUCCCGGGAUGCGCUCACAACGGAAGCGGACGUGAGUUUGCGCCCUUAAAUCUUUGGUGUGUUGGGUCAAGGGGGUGUCUGGUAGGCAUGCAGCCAUUUAAAUACCACUUGUACUUACAAGGGAAAACAAUUAUUUUUAGUAAUAAUUUCCAUUUUAUCACAACUUUAUUAUAAUGAGUUAUAGCGUAUUCAACGUUUAAAUUUUUUUUUAUUUUUGGAGUUAGGGGUAAGGGGCGGGGGGGUGGGGGGGAACAAAUUCAAUGACGAUUUCUUUAAGGGAUCGCGUUGCCAAUGGUGUGUGGGUGAGUGUGUGUGUGUGCACGCGUCUUAAGGAUCGUUUAUAUGUUCUUUAACGCUUUGAUUUUCUAUGCACGCUUGUUUUAAAGGUUAAAAUAUUAGAAUAUUCUCUACAUAAAUAAAUCUCUUACAUAUAUAUAUAUAUAUAUAUAUAUUUGGCUUCUGGUGUGUCCUGAUUUCUUUUUGAAACUACCCCCCACCCCCCCCCCAAAAAAAAAGACAACUCCUCAUAAUUUAUAUUUAUAAUACUGAGUGGAAAAACAAAAGGCUGUCAUGGGUUAUAUAUAUAUAUAUUUGGCUUCUGGUGUGUCCUGAUUUCUUUUUGAAACUACCCCCCACCCCCCCCCCCAAAAAAAAAGACAACUCCUCAUAAUUUAUAUUUAUAAUACUGAGUGGAAAAACAAAAGGCUGUCAUGGGUGACGUGUCAACUCGAGUCAUUUUGGACCCACUGGGUAUUUUCUCAAAAUACCCGGACCCCGCGUAAAUAAAAAAAAAAAAAGUGCACCCGGUUGAGCCCUAGUUAAAAAACAAUUCUUGACUUUAGGUGACCAGUCUGCUACAUCGCGUGGCCGGCUACCACGCCACAAUAAAGGAUCUCUCCCUGGUGAUUUUUGGGGAAUACCCUGACCUGGACACUGUUUCAGUGCAGAACAUGUUGACUAAUUGCAGAAAGCUGUAAGUCGAUUUUGUUUAUUGUUUGUUUGGCAUUCAAGAUUAACGAGCAGCAUGCCUCCCCAUCCCAGCACGUGCAGAGACUCAACUGUUUCACGCGAGUGUCCUAUGUCUUGGAAUGUUAGGGCUUGGAAAAAUUAAUGAGUUUUAGGCAGCGAGAGCCAUUCCUCUAAUUACUGAAAACUAUUUAGUUUUGGCAGUACGGUGCGAGAGAGCACAUUACAGAGCGUGAAAGGACAGUUAAAUUCAGGAACCUGCUUUCAAUAUAUUGUAUGUGUAAUGGUUGGUAAGCAAAAAUAAAUACACCUUAUUAACCAGGAGAUGUGAGAGUCUUCUUGCAUUACUGUAAUUGCCCGGUCCCUGAAAUUGUAAGGGUGCAGGGGCGUUGCUAGAGAAAUGUCAGAAAGGGUGUAAGUGUCGAUUUCAAAGUGGGUAAUAGAGGCGGACAAUUUCAACAACAACAACAAAAAAAUCAGGACCUGUAAAAUCUAGUUAAUUGAGCUAAAUUAUUGAGAUCAUUAGCCCUACUACACAGGUCCCCAGGCGUUUCCAAUUCACAACAUUUAAAUAGAAGCUAAGGGACCGCGAUAUAUUGAUUUUUUUUAAAAAAAGCUUUUAAAUGUAACAUUUUGAAAUAAAAACAUUUCAAAACUAAAUGUUCCAGUAUAAUUAUGAUUAAAAAGAUAUUUAUUGCAAUGAGAUUUUUUAAAAUUCAAACUUCAGGACAACAAUUUAAAAACUAAUCUUAUUUAAAAGUCUGCGACUAUUCGCACCCGAGUACCAGACGUGAGAGGUUGGGAUUAAAAAAACUAAUUAAAAUAUUAUUGUUGGGUUUGUAAGACAAAAUGAAGUGUCAAAUGAAAGAUAAUUGAAUGGACUGUAUGUUUGUAAACUUAAUUCUUCAGUUUUACUCAAAUAAACUACCGUAAAUGACAUCCGAAUAGCGUUGAGUCAAUAUGGACCCGGACACACAUAGCCGCUAUUCGGUCCCGGGUCCCUUUAGACUAAAUCCCAUUCGGAUGUCCUUUGUGGUAGUUGAUUUUAGUUAAACUGAAGAAAUUAGCUGCGCGGUACUCACAACUGCUGCGCGGCGUCUGGUAGAUUAAAGGGAACAUUGGAUACAUGUCCGAAUAGUUUCUGCUUUUCAAAACGAACACAUCGGUACACGCUGUUGGAAACAUUUUCUUGUAAAUAUUUCGUGGCCGAUUCGAAACUAACAUAAGGCAAAACUUAUAAAGAGUGUUAGGGUGAAGUAAUGCUUACUGUAGUAGAUAGCCUGCCGACCUAACCACCCCCACCCCCACCCCCCCCCAACACAGCACCACAUUUAAAAUGGGCAAGAGCCGCCAAACGUAUCUUUGGGUUUUCAUUUCGUGAAACAUGUCUCUGGAGGGGCUCAGUAAGGCGAGGGGCGGGGGAGUUUAGGUUGGCACUGGUCGUCAUUAUGCCUUUGGGACAGAUGGGUGCACUGGUCGCCAGUAUGCCUUUUGGGCAGAUAGAUGCCCUGCUCAUACGAACGAAUGAAUGCCCCCCCCCUUUUUUUUCGGACCACAUUGAGAAAAAAACCACUAUUCCUAAUUCCUAUUAACUGCCAUGAAUUCAUUUGUGAAUCUUUCAGACUGCCUUUCCAAGUCAGCGAGUGGCCAUGGAGUCUCUCACAAGACAGACGCAAGUCUGUAUGUUGGCUAUAUUUACCCUUUUAGGGCCUGAUUCCCACAAUUUUGGUCUGAUCAAAACAAAGAAAACAAUUAAUAACCCCUUUUAUAAUUGACACAUCCUCAAUUGAACUUCGAUUAGCUAAGACAAAUCGAUUGAUAAGACGGCACUGAAAUGGAUUAUUAAGUCCGAUCUCUUGAUCUUGUGUGUGUAGAUAACGUACAUACUUACGUAUACAUAGUGUUGUUUUACAAAUGUAUUUCAUCUUCUGCUUUUUCCUUCAUUUAAAAAAAAAUGGCAGCUGUGAAAAGACCACUUCUAACCAUUUAUCAUCGCCUAAGACUUUACAACGUUAAAUUCUAAUAGAUUGAUUAACCAUUUCAUUAAAUAUAUGGCCAACUCUUUGUGGCUUAUUUCUUUACGCCCUACUGCAUAAAAGCGUCGACAUAUCAACUGUGCCCGUAACAUUGUUUCUGUUCAGUUAACAUCUAAUAAUAACAAUAAAGCUAACAUUUUCACGUCAAAGGGCACAUUUGAAAAGUUGUGACAUAAUUUUUGUAUUGUAUGACUGUUACAUUUACAUUACACCAUUUUACACGAUGCCAUCACGGUCGGCUAUCGGG